GUGGAUUCAAGUAACUGCUUGCGAUGCUUUGUUAGGUGGGUUUGUUCUUUUCUGGGUACGUACUCACGUGCUCGUACACACAAUUAGUUCCACGAGGAAACCACAAAAACUGUGGAUCGUCGAACAGCUAUUGUAUGAAAGUAAUGUCCCGCGCCCUGCAGCGAUGUUGCUGUCCGAAGCGGCAGCGCGAGGUGCCCAGUAACGGUCUCGAACGAGUGGAUAUCUCGGACAGUGCGGUAGAACUGGACCAGCUGUCAUUUUAUUCUGUCGCGUCGGAGUGGGACCCUACCACCUGGAAUCCCGAUCGCUCGAAUCCGGUUGUCCUUGCCGACCAACCAGACGCGGGUGACGAGGAAGUGAGUGAAGUGUCAGAAGGACGCGAAAAUUAUACGGACGACCGUGGCCCUGCGCGGAAGAAACCGGUGACGCCCCGCGCAAAGGUUUUGCAGAAGAAGGCUUCGGGUUCGCCGCGCAAGAAAAAAUCACCCGAGCAGCAAGUGGGACAGCAAUUAGGCAAGAGAAAAAAAGAGGAAAAUAAUGAAGCGGUAAAAAUACCCCCUCCCCCAGUAAUCCCGGCCCCCGCGCGUCCCGUCCCGGUCGAUCCUUUCGAGCGGUGGCUGCCCAUGCGCGUGGAGAGCGUGGUCAGUGCCAGGUACGCAAACCCCGAACAGAAAUCGCCGCUGCUUGCCCCGCUGCAGGAGGCCGUGUUCAUGCGAGAGCCACCGGCCGAAGUAGCGCGGACGCUGAAGCAGACGUCGGAGACGUCCCCGGUGGUGUUUCUGAUCUCGCGGUCGAAGAAUCUGAACACCGUGGUGUACCGGGUCAAGGAGAACGUCCAGUGGGGAAUCGACCCGCAGCCUUUGGAAGCGCAUUGGGAGGACUUUGCCUUCAAAUUGAAAAAGGACGGCAAGUAUUCUGCGGACUUGAACUUGCUGGACCGCACCGCCUACGGGAUUAAAAAGCAGAAGUACCGAAAAGAGACCGACUCUUACGUGAUCAACUUGACCGCCCUCCCGCAGGCGGACGUGGAGCUGGUCCGCCCGGGGGCCCGGUUCUCGCGGCCCGUGUGCUACGUGUCGAUCAAUGGGAAGCGGUCCGUCGUGUUUCACAUUUACGCCCAGGCGGUCGAGGGCGCCUGGCUGCCAGUUCCGGUGUACGUGAACGCGCACGGCUGGGACCCGCACACUAUGAACUGCAAAAGUAUCGUAUUUGUAUAAAUGCAUCACAAAUUUCCUCAGCAUGAGAAAUAAAAUUUGUCAUGCGGAUUUGCCUUGAGACAAAGAUUUGCAAUGCAAGCCUUGCAUUUAUACGAAUGCGAUACUUUUGCACAUGAUACACACCGGCGAAGAACAGAUCGAAGAAGUGUUGAAGAAGAAGUAG